AUGUUGGUCCUGAUCUGUUUAAUAUUCAGUGUCUUAUCAACCAUUGACCAAUAUUCAAAUUUUGCAAACGAAACAUUAUUUUGGAUGGAAAUUUGUUUAGUGGUAUUUUUUGGUGCUGAAUAUUUGGUACGAUUAUGGUCAGCAGGAUGUCGCUCCAAGUACAUGGGAUGCUGUGGACGAUUACGAUUCAUUCGCAAGCCAAUAUGUAUCAUCGAUUUAAUCGUUGUGGUUGCAUCAAUGGUAGUUUUGUCAGUGGGAUCAAACGGUCAAGUAUUUGCAACAUCAGCGAUACGUGGAAUACGAUUUCUACAAAUAUUGCGUAUGUUACAUGUGGAUCGACAAGGUGGUACAUGGCGAUUACUUGGAUCUGUUGUGUUCAUUCAUCGUCAGGAAUUAAUAACAACAUUAUAUAUCGGAUUUUUGGGCCUUAUAUUUAGCAGUUAUUUUGUAUAUUUGGCGGAAAAAGACGCUGUUGGACCAGAUGGACGUGCAGAUUUUGCUAGCUACGCAGACGCACUUUGGUGGGGUGUUAUUACAGUAACAACUAUAGGUUAUGGUGAUACAGUACCACAAACUUGGAUGGGAAAAAUUGUGGCUUCUUGUUUUAGUGUAUUUGCAAUAUCAUUCUUUGCCUUGCCAGCUGGUAUUCUAGGUUCUGGUUUUGCAUUAAAAGUACAACAAAAACAACGCCAAAAACAUUUUAAUCGUCAAAUACCAGCCGCUGCUAUGUUAAUACAAUGUUUAUGGCGUUGUUAUGCUGCGGAUAAAAGUUUUCAUAGUUCAGCAACAUGGCGAUUAUAUUGUAAGGAUUCACAAUCGAAAGAUUCAAAUAAAGAUACAAAGUCCCUAAUAUUACAGGUGGCAAAGAAAGCAUCUGUAUUAAAACGACGUAAAUCAAGGAAUCGUAUGGAUGCAACAGGAAGUGGAACGGCUACAACACCUGGUGGUGGUGGGGGUACUACUCAACAACGUCGUGAUUCUGAUGGAGAUGUUGUUUUUUAUGUUGAAGAACCAAAAGCUGGUACUCCGAAUCGAGUUCGAAGAGGUGAACGAGAAAGUGCUAGAGGAUCUGUCUUCAUGAGUCAAACAAGUUCUGUUACAGAAGCAGCAAGUGAUGAAAUUGAUUGUUGUGAUUUGGACGGUGAAUUACCUCGAGUUACCACGCUAACAGAAGCACAUAGAAACGCAAUCAGAGCAAUAAGAAAAAUUAAAUAUUUCGUAGCAAGGCGUAAAUUUCAACAAGCUCGAAAACCGUAUGAUGUACGAGACGUAAUUGAACAGUAUAGUCAAGGACAUUUAAAUAUGAUGGUACGAAUAAAAGAAUUGCAAAGGCGACUAGAUCAAACACUAGGAAAACCUGGUAGUUAUUUAGCAGGUAUUGAUCGAAUUGGUAAUGUUAAACCAAUGACCGUUGGUGCUAGAUUAUACCGGGUCGAGCAGCAGCUAUCAGUAAUGGAUAAAAAGUUAGAUCAAUUAGUUUAUGUCUUAAAUGCUGUGGCACAAAAACAACAAAUUCCUGUACGUGCAAUUGAAGAUGACGUGUGACAUCGGCCUUCAAUUGCGAUAUCACCAGCAUAGCAUAGUCCAUCAACGCAUCAUCAUGAUGAAUUACAUCAUGAUAAUAACA